AUGAAUGGAGCUUCUCCCAGGAGCAAAAUAGCUAACUCCCCCCUUCCGUGAGCGAACAAAACCAUUAGAAAAAUUCCUAUUUUUUGACCAAAAACACACCCUCCAUAAACGAUAAUUAGAUUAUUGAGAUCUCUAACUAAUUCCGGUGAAUUUUAAACAGCUUGCGUUUUAAAAUAAUUUUUACAAAUAUUUGCUUUCCAAUUUUAUAAAUUUUUAAAGAAAUUUUUUUCGAGAAAAUUUAUAUAUAAAUUUUUUAAAAAAAAAUAAUUAACCCCCUCCGUGAGCGAACAAAAUAAUUUUUUCACUCACGGAGGGGAGUAAGCUAAAACUGAUUGUGCAAAGCCCCAAAAACCAAACUCUUAACCUCAGCGUCUUAACUUUAUCUAGCCGUAGAGCAAAGCAGCAAAAAUCAUUUGACCUUCCGAGUUCUAACACGAAAAGGAUAAACAAGACAUUUAUACAUCAUGCUCAUAAGAAAAAUUCUUCUAUGUUUUCGCCCAAAAAAGAGCUUAUUCUUCCUAUGCUAAUUGAUACAACAGCCAAUUCAAAUAAUGCGUCGCUUCAAAGCAAUAAAAAAUUAAAUUUUAGCAAAAGAAGGGUUUCGUUACCCAAUUCUGACUGCCUUGAUAUUGAAAUGCCAGCAAUAGAUAAACUAACUCCUAAUAUCAAAUCUAGGUCUCCUUGCACUGAUCCUAUACAAAUAUUUGAAAAUUUGGACCUUCCAAUCACAGCUGCUACAGCACUUCAGUUAUUUUCAGCGAAUAUGAGUCUAUAUGAACAAGGAGAAAUUUUGGAAUGCAAAUCAAUUUGAUUUCUAGGGCUAGGAGCCAAAAAACUGAAAUCAGCUUUGAAUGCUCCCAAUAAUGGGAUGGAUGAUGAAAGAGGUGAUUAUAAAUUGACUAUAGGAGACCAUAUUGCAUAUAGAUAUGAAAUCAAAGAUAUUCUCGGCAAAGGCAGUUUUGGGCAAGUCUGCAAAUGUUUUGAUCACAAACUUCAAGACUACAUCGCUAUAAAAAUUAUAAGAAACAAACGGAGAUUUCAUAGACAAGCUAUUGUUGAAGUUAGGGUGCUCGAACACAUAAAAGAGCACGACCCAGAUGGCUUUUCUAACGCCAUUCAUCUAAAAGACCACUUUAUUUUCCGAAAACACCUCUGCAUUUCUUUUGAGCUCCUAAGCAUAAACCUUUAUGAAUUGAUGAAAUCUAAUUCAUUUCAAGGAUUUUCCCUAAGUCUUAUCCGAAGAUUUGCCUUGCAGCUUCUCUAUUGUUUAAAAUUUACCUAUGAUCACAAAAUAGUCCACUGUGACUUAAAGCCAGAAAAUAUCCUUUUAAAGCAAAGCGAUAAAUCAGGCCUUAAAGUCAUUGAUUUUGGCUCAGCUUGUUUUGAAGAUGAAAAAAUAUAUACUUAUAUACAAAGCAGAUUUUACAGAGCUCCAGAAAUUAUUUUGGGGAUUGAAUAUACGACGGCUAUUGAUAUGUGGUCUUUUGGAUGCGUACUUGCAGAGCUUUUUCUUGGAUACCCGCUUUUUCCUGGGGAAAGUGAAGCUGAGCAGCUUUUGUGUAUUAUGGAAAUAAGAGGAUUGCCGCCUGCAAAAAUAUUGGAAAUUUCGACGAGGAAAAGCUUGUUUUUUGAUAACGAUGAUAAGCCGAAAAUAGCAUCGAAUAGUAAGGGAAGAGUAAGAUAUCCAGCAACUAAGAAUUUAGUUGAAAAAAUGAGGUGUAGUGAUAAUCAAUUUGUGGAUUUAGUUGACAGUAAGAUUAAUUUAGAAUGCUUAAGUUGGGAUCCUGAAGAUAGAAUUACACCAGCAGAAGCACUGGAGCACCCGUGGAUUAUUGAAAGCAUGAAAGCUUUUGCGAGCCAAAGAAGAAGAAAUAGAAGCAAAGCAGAUUGGACUUCUCAGUAA